AUGGAUGUGCCGCCCUUAUGUACAUGCGAGCAGGGGGCUCGGAGUAGGCUCAGCCCGGGGCAAGCGUUACACAAGCCAGCUGAUGUGGGAAACUGCGAAGUACCGCUGGGAAUGGAGAACGGGCUUAUCUCCAACGACUCGCUGUCUGCCAGCUCCAGCUACGACCAAAGCGUUUCUCCACUCAGCUCCAGGUUACGGACAGAAAUCCGCGGCGGCGCGUGGUGUCCUAAUGGGCUGAUCACGCCCGAGAGCCGGCAAUACCUGGAGAUAGACCUGCGGGGCCUCUUCCUGAUCACUGCCACGGAGACACAAGGCAGAUUCGCAAAUUCCGUCGGAGUAGAAUUUGUCGAAAGCUACGGCCUCGAAUACUGGCGAGACGACCUCAACCGAUGGGUCAAAUAUAAAGACUUCAACGGUAGUCGGCUGAUACCGGGGAACGUGAACACCUAUACACCCAGGAAGUCUACUCUAGAAGCGCCAUUCGUGGCGUCUCGAGUGAGAUUUUUUCCCUUCGCAGCACACCCUCGCACCGCCUGCAUGAGGGUCGAGCUCUACGGCUGCCGGUGGAAACAGGCACUUAUUACAUACUCGGCGCCGAAGGGGGGCGAUAUGCAGGCCAUGACCGGGGGGGCACGGUUCGAGGACUUGUCGUACGAUGGCGUCGUGCGCGACGGCCGACUGAUCGACGGGCUCGGUCAGAUGACUGACUCGCUCACCGGCCCCAAUGACUUCGAACUACCUGACCCUUCCGACACCAGAGGAACCCGCUGGGUCGGAUGGAAUAAAUCAAUGUUAAUUAGCGAUGAACUAGAAUUACUAUUCAAUUUUAGCAGUCCAAGGGUAUUUGAUUACGUGAACAUACAUACGAAUAACAUGUUCACUAAGGAUGUACAGCUAUUUAAAGAAGCGGAGGUGUACUUCUCGCUGGAGGGCGAGCGCUGGCAAGAAGACUAUAUCUCUUACGAGCCGAAACAGGACCGCGUGUCAGAGCACGCGCGCAUCGUACACAUCGACCUGCAGAACCGCACCGCCAAACACAUCAUGAUCAAACUCAAGUUCCAACACGAGUGGAUCCUCAUCAGCGAACUCACAUUCAAAUCAGUGUACACGGUGGUGAAUGCGUCAGCGGAGUUUCUAGAAGAGUACUACCGAACGGACACGCCUCCUUCGUCGCGGAAGAAACGAAAUUCAUCCCUGCGCGUGUCGGUAGGGCUGGCGUGCGGGGCGCUGGUCGGUGGCGGCGCGUUCAUAGCGGCCACUGCCGUGCUGCUUACCAAGCGCACACGCCGCAGAAUACCCAACAUGCUGAAGAAACCAUUCUGCCCUUCGUUGCGACACAAUAACAACGCGCGCAACAACCGGCGCGCUCCCCGGCUGGCUCUAGCACUUGCUAACUGCCCACCCAUACACAUGCUACGGCCGGCGGUGGUCGACGAGGAUUACCGGGAGCCCUACAACAUUUGGAGGGAGACUCUCGGUCGCCGCGACAAACGAGACAGCCACGACCAAAAUGAAUAUAACGAAAUCUGCGAAGACCCAGAGUUCCCGAGACCCUACAUGAUGAAACGCCCUGACCCCCAUGAAAGUUUCUACGCUGCGACGGACAUCAUCCACCACACGUACCCAGAAGAGCGCGGUUGUCGGCGUGAGCGGCCGCCGCCUGGCUUGUUCACGUGCAUCAAGCUUCCAGAGGCGGAGCCCCCAAACGGAGUGGCGCCCCUGCUGGACUUUCCGCGGGGGCGCAUGCGACCAAUCACCUUCCUUGGAGAGGGCCCACAUGGCACUCUCCAAAUCUGCGAGACGGACGGAAUCGAAGAGCUGAGCGACGAGGAGUCUCCGAAUGGCGACCGCAGACGGCUUGUUGUUGUGAAGACGCUGUGGCGCGGCUGCCAUAACGAUAUCCGGGCAGCAUUUGCCCGCGAAGCCACGUGGGGCGCCGGUCUAAAACACCCCCAGCUCGCAAGGGUGCUUGGGUUGAGUCUGCUGGAGCCUCCGUGCGCCGCCCUGGACCGCGGGGACGCUGCACCACUGCCUACGAUCUUGAGACUGGACAGGAAGUUGAACUAUUCGAGUUUGAUUCACAUAUGUUGCCAAAUAGCCGCCGGCAUGAAGUAUCUGGAGUCUUUCGAGCUAGUUCAUCGGGAUCUCGCCGCUCGCAACGUAACAGUGAGCGAAGAUCUGAAUGUUAAAGUGUCUGACUACGCCAUGUUCUGCGAGGAGUUUGUGGGUGACUACCACAUGACGGGAGACGGCUCCCGGAUACCACUCCGCUGGAUGGCCUGGGAGAGCCUGCUCAUGGGAAUGUAUUCGCCGGCAAGCGACGUGUGGUCAUUCGGAGUGACCGUGUGGGAAGUACUCACUUAUUGCGUCGCUAAACCAUUCGAAGAGAUGACCGAUGACCAGGUGGUGGCAAACGCGAGCGAAUGGCGUAGCGGCGGGCGAAACGCGCGCGUGCCCGCUGCUCCACCGCCGCGUUGCCGCCGCGAGCUGUACGACCUGAUGCACGAGUGCUGGCGCCGCGAGCCGGCCCAGCGCCCGCGCUUCCACGACCUCCACCGCUUCCUCGAGCGCAUGACGCACGGCUACAAGCCGCCGCCCGCGCACCGACCAUAACAACAACGCCCACGCCUCACAUACUACACCGCAGAAGUCCAUCAUCACUGCGCUAAACAAACGCGACCGACGUAAUUUAUUUGUGAGGGCAAACAAAACGAAAUUUCCUUUUAUUAUGACCGAAAUUUCGCUUCCACUUAUUUAGAGUGUGGGUCAAACCAGGCUAAGACAUCCUGCUUGUUCGCAGAUAAAUCUUAACUUACGUAAUGUUCGAACAGACUGCAUAGUUAAUACGAUAGACAACGGGCAGUAUUAAAACAGUAUUAGAAGUUAAAGCACUUUGAAUUAGAUAAUAAGGUAACGUCCUUGACGACUGCUGCUUUGCACGUUCUGUUUACUUGCUAAACUAUUUCUCUUUAUAUGUAGUUUAAGCAACUUCGAAUUAGCGUUAGCAAGUGCACAGACAGCUAUCCCUGUUAAGGGAGGCAACGAUCAAAUGAUCUCGAAAAUAUCUCUAAGCCAAACAAAUCGCUGGCUAUUGAUAUUUUUCACAACGGAAUAGAUUUCUGAGUAACAAUAAAUAAUAGGUAGAGGGCCUGUACAGUUUGCAAAUUAAGGUAGAUAGUCUUGAAAUUAGGAGUUGGAAUUGUAUCGCGACUCAGAAAUCUAUUUCUGUACAGGAUGUCGAUGUUACUCUCUGUAUUGUGCGGCCCGCCGGCAGUACGGCAGCAGCGUCGGCGUCGUCUACUCCACGCUAUUCCUAGCGCCCUUCGCCUAGCGCUCCCACGAUCUUCCACUUUCACCGCCUUACGGCAGACCCCUCUAAGUUAAAGGGCACUAUUUACAUCUACGACAGAAAACACCUUAUUGGUUCUCAAGGACAAUACACAAUAGGGCGUUAUUAUCAAUCUUAUUUCUGUCCGUGAAUUUAAGUAGUGCUUAUUAGUCGGAAAGCUCGCCUAAUAGUGUCUUCUCAUCAUGCGCCUGGUUAUCUAGAUAUUUCGUAUGAUGACAACUCACUGUAUGGCCUCCUUUCAGUCUAUAGUAUAUCCAAAGUCUAACUCCUAUUUUUUUAACCUGUUUUAAAUGUUAAGGUUGUAUACUUCGGGAGGCAAAGAGCCUCCAGGGCGAUGUUCGCCCCCUGUGCUUCUUGUUUUCUUCGAACACUCACGGCGGUCCUCACACGGAGCCUUCUCAAAGUCAAGACCGAAGCGAAUUUUAUGAGAGAAAUAUUUUAGUUAUGUGAUUUCGAUCGAUAUUCGAUCGUAGCGAAGGGCCAAUUUUAACAAGAGGUGAUUUUUCUAUUUGCUUCGUCGACUUUGCGACGGCGGCGUGCGGGCACCUUGUACUUGUUGAAUGAAGCCGAAUUAUUUAAGUGUAACUCUAGUCUCUGACAGUUGUAGCGAUGAGGCCACGUAAUAAUAUGUAAUAGUUAGCGGUACAAUAUACAUGAAUGUUCUGUGUCACAGUGUAUUCGAUGU